CUCAGGUGGAUUGUUUUAUCGAUUAGGUGUUGUGUUUUGAGGGAAGAGUUACCAUGAAGCCAGGGUGGACAUUCUGUUUACAAGCAGCCAUUUUCCAGCCCCAUUUGUCGCUGGUGUCCGCUUACAUCACCACCAUCUCCCCCUACACAGCCGAGGACGUCUGCACCUGCCCAUGUCUGGCAUCCAGCCUCAACUUCUCUAAAGACGCAGCAACAACCAUGGAAGAGGCAGUCAACAAAGCUGACCAACUCGAGAAGGAACUGACCGUGGAUAAAGACUUAACUUCUGCUUCUACCCGAACCAAGGUCAGCCAGCCGGACUCCCGACCUUCAGCCAAAUCAAUCGGCGCGGUGGGGGUUGUUUUCAUUGCUUUGGUGUUUGGCACCAUCGUGGUCCUCGACAUUAGCGCCAUACACAAAGAUAAAGCUCCGGUUAAACUAAAACCGAGACACAAGAAAAGCUUAAGAAAACACAUCAAACAUUCCCAGCCUGCUCACGAGGCGACGGUUACUGCUGGUAUGAGACAGUUUAUUCACUCCGUCGCUGCUUUUGCUAAAUCUGGAAUUCCGUUCUCGUCAUUUCAUAACGGAUCUGGGCAUGAUGUAUUUCCUGAUGAUCUUCCUCUGACGUCAUUGUCAUCAGUACCUAUUGUGGUCAGCAGUGCUCCGACGUCAUCAAGGUUUGAUGAUGAGGAUUGGAGUGGACACACGGGGUCUGCAGGGAAUUCCCCGAGGGAUUUUAGUGGGUGGUCAGCAGGGAAUUCUCCUGGAGGGUCGGCAGGGAAUUCCCCAAGGAACUCUCUAGAAACUACGUUGUUUAUCCGAGCCUUGCAGCCGCCAUAUAAAUCAGCAAGUGUUGUGUAGAAGGUGUAUGUGUGUGGGGGAAUGGGUGGUCUAUGAGGUUACCCCCCCCCCAGUUAA